CAUAGAUUUCUGCCUAAACAUGUAUCUUAAAAUCUGGACUUAUUCUUUAUCUACUUAGAUAAGGAUGAGAAAUAAUAAUAUUACAAUUUGAAGGUAUCAGUUAUUAUACCACACCGUAAUAUUUAGUUUCGUUAGAUCUGUUUAUAGCCGUUUAGACAUGUCCAAGUUCAAGUUUAGUGUUAUUUUGGUACUUUUAGUGUGUUUUAAGUGUUGUUGGACUCAAAUAGAUGAAGACUUAGUAUCUACAACACCGGGAAUCGAAAACGAUGUGAUAUGUACACAGUGCGAUUGUACAGACAAUCUAGUAAACUGUUCCGAUCAGAACAUCACAGCAUUAUUUCAAGAUGGCGAUUGGGACACUCUUCAAGAUGUAAUUCCAUUAACAGUUGAUCUAAGUUUUAACAAAAUAAGUAAGAUAUACAGAUUCCCUAUAUUACCUAUACAAGUGCUAAACUUAUCAAAUUGUGAAAUAUUUUCUCUGGAAGAUGGAAGUUUUGUAAAUCUCCACAAUUUAACAGCUUUGGACUUGACGAGAAACAAAAUUUCAACAUCUGCUAUUUCGAAGAGAACCUUUUUUGCAAUUCCAAACCCUACGAAACGGACAUUAGAGUUCAAAAUGAUGCGGCAUCUAAGUCUAGCCUACAACGACCUCCACACACUACCUCAAGACAUCUUCAUAUUUAUGUCUGGACUGACUUAUCUGGACCUAAGUGGGAACCCGUUAGCGUAUAUAGAUCAAGUUACGAUGGGCGCUAUUUCUGAACUUAAGAAUAUGAGGGAGUUAAGAUUAAGUGGAUGCGAGUUGGAGAACCUUCCUGAGGGUUUUCUCCGCAGACACAGGAAGAUACAGCGCCUGGACCUGAGUGAUAACCGCUUCUCAAUCAUCCCAUCGGCCUUGGCUGAAGCUCCAAGUCUGGUGUAUCUGAACUUCGAUAAGAAUGCCUUGAAAAUCAUUGAGGCUAAUAAUGCUAUCACCAACCUGACCAAAUUACAAGAGCUGAGUAUGAGCAGGAACAGCAGGCUUCAGAAUAUAACGGCGGGUGGCCUCGGGGGUCUAAGUAGCCUGGUCGUGUUGAGACUGAACAAUAAUCCAAGGUUAACGUACUUGGACCCUGGCUUCCUGGUUUGGAAGAAUGAUGAUGGAGAGGAAAUGUGGCCGAUGGUGAAAGAGUUAUACCUGAACAACAAUAACCUCUCAGGCAUCGACCCUCGCGUCCUGGACUGUUGGAACGAUCUGGAGACAGGUGACUUCUCUGGGAACAGCUACUCCUGCGACUGCAAUCAAUGGAUGGUGGAUGUACUGGUCCCAGUGCUGAAGAACACACCAGCUAACGGAACCGUCAAUAAUAUGGUGUGCAAAAAGCCAGCAGACAUGCGAGGGCUCACAUUCUCACAACUAUUUGACACAUCAAGACUCCUGGUUUGUCCAGAAUCGGAGAAUAUCUCAGAAUUGUCAGCUCCAAACAUGGCAAUUUUAUUGGGAAUCAUGAUCGGUAUCGUGGUUACGUUCCCAAUAGUUCUCGUCCUGGUCUUAUUAUGGAGGAAGGGAUACUUCAACAGUUCCAAAUCAUACUCAAGUCCAUACGACGAUGAUGAUGAAAUGGAAAAACUGUGAAACUGAUUAUUUGAAGCUGAUUCGAGAGGCGUUGCGAAAUCGAAAACAAGACUAAGGGGGCACCCUGUAUACUGUUCUAGGACAGCCUGUAUAAUAUCCAAAAAGAGGACUAUUAGCAGACAAUAUCACCCCGCGAUAAGUACAAAAAUUGUAAAUAAAUAAAUGAUACCUA